AUAUUAAAUAAAAGAAGUACUGAAACAAAUGUUUCUAGUAAUUACUAUAUUGAAAUGGAUUCUGAUGAUAAUAUUUUAAAUCAAGAAGAUUUCGAUAAUGAAAUUUCAGAUAAUGAAGAUUUUGACAAUAUAUUAACUGAAAGUAGUGUGUUAAGUGAAGAUGAUAUGUUAACUGACGAUGAUAUGUUAACUAACAAUGAUAUGUUUAAUACAGACAGUUCAAUGAGCAAAGAUAAUAUGCUGAGAGAAGUUGUUGAUAAAUCUUUAUGUAAUGAAAAAAUGUUAUUAAUUAAUGGAGAAUUCGCACUAUACUUUAGUAACUUUACAGAAGCAAUAAUGUUUUUUUGGAUUAAAAGCAUAGUAUAUACAGUUACUCAAGUAUAUAAUGAUCUAGUAGAUAUAAUUUAUAAUCUACAAUUUAAUAGUAAAAAUGUUAUAAAGAACAUUAGACAAUUUAGAAAGUAUAGACAACAACUACCUUUACUUCAAAUUAAAUCACAUCAAAUUCAUAUUUCUGACAAGCUAUAUCAAAAAAUACUAAAAUGGCAUAUUGCUUGA